AUGGCGGAGCGUAGGCAGAGGCUCCAGCCCACGACUUUGGCUCCCGGGCUGUACCUGGAGAACUUGCCUUCCAAGUGUUUCACGAAACACAAGAGGCUGAAGUUCCCGGGAUCCUUGAACAGCCGGCGCUGGGUGUUUGUGAGAGAGGAACUGGAUGACUUCAGGAAAGGCUGCUCCCCACACCAGCGCCCCAAGAAUGUCUUUCUGCCUCAUAUCCAUCACAGACUUCCCCAAGCGACCCCCAAGAAGAGGCAGGAUGGACUGCCCAGGGGGGCAGCCUUGUUGUCCAAGCUUUCACAAGCUAGGAAGGCAUUCCUCGAGGACAUGGAGGAUAACAAGGUUCUGCACCCCCUGGCUUUCUACCCACAUCUGGAAGAAGCUCUGCCUGCUGAGCUCUCACUGCAGGUGCUGGAGGCACUGGACCCUGAGAGGAAGCUGGAGGACACAUGGGCUUGUCAGGAUACCAGGAAGUUAAUGAAGGGACCUGCAAAGCUGGAAGAAAAACGCUCUUCUCAAGUGUGCCUACCCAAGAAGAUGCUGGUGUCCCAUUCAGGCCAGUGGCUUUGUGAAGAAAAGCCAAGCCAAGCGAAUUCUCUCUGUAAAGACAGUCUCCUCCAUGACAACAUACGCAGAAGAGUCCGAGACUUCUGCGACUGGGCCACAGCUCUUGGAAGUUCGCCCAUCGAUGAGGAGUUCAUUCUGCAGCAGUUUGACAUUGACUAUCAGACCAGACACAGCUGUGAUGCACUUCCUGCGAUGAGGCCAAACCAGGACAAAUUCUUCUUGGAUGGUCAGGCUUCCCUGAGAGAACACAGUGGGUGCUGGAAUGAACCCCUGCCCUCUGGAAGAACAAGUCCUCGUAAGCCAAAGCGGGUGAAGAUGAGGUACGGAGCCUGGUAUCUGAAGACAAACUUGUGGAAGAAGCGAAGAGCGGAUGAACCUUUGGUGGACCCCAAGAUCUUACACAAAGCCCAAGACGCUGACUUCAAAAAGCAUCUUUGGGAGCAGGCGGAGCUGCUCCCAGUCCUGCACAGAACCGCCGCCCCCUUUAAGGACUUCAUUCUAAGCCGGGGUUACAGGAUGCCCAGGUUCCUUGAGAAGAUACAUGCUGAGGAGAAAGGUAAAUCUGAACAUAUUAAGAUCACUAAAAACCUCACCGAGAGGAAUCCUGGGAGAAGAUGAGGCGGCUUUUAUUGACUGCAAACUUAGGUAUUGCCUCAUUAUUUUAAUUAUUAAGUAGGGUACGGUAAGUGCCCACUACGGAAACUUCAACCUGGCAACAUCUAUAAAUAUAAAACCUAACACAAAUAUUUCUAAAUGGCUUUCUAAAUACUUUAAUCAAUUUUCGUAUUAUUUUUAUUUAUGUAUAGUUGUGUAUGUCUGCAUGUGGGUGUGUACACAUGAGUGUAGGGGACCUCGUAGGCCCGAAGUGUUGAGUCCUCUGAAGCUGGAGUUACAGACGGUUGUGAGGUGGGAAUUGAACCUUGGUCCUCUGGAAGAGCAGCGAGUACUCUUAACCCCUGCCUGAUCCAUCUCUCCAGUCCCCAUUAAUCAAUGUUUUGUUUGCUUGUUUGUUUGGUUUUUUUGUUUGAUUGUUUUUCAGGUUAGGCCUUCUUCAGGCAGAGUCUUGCUAUGUAACCCAGGCUGACCUCUAAUUAGUGGGGCUAGGGUUACAGUUGUCCACCAACAUAGCAUUUUGUGUGUUACCAGCUAUGGGAUCAAUAUUCAUGUAUUAUCUUCUCACAGUUUUGUGUUAUGAAAAUUACAUAAGUAUAUUAAUUUUUUGUAAAAAUAAAAUAAUGACUAAAGGCAAAAAUAACUAUUUUUAUUGCUAUGACUUCGAAUGAGUACCUCUUUCUUUACAUAUUUAUUUUCUUGCAUUUUGAGUUAAGCUAACUGAGAUUUUUUUUUCUCUUCUUAGGCAUGUUAGUCUUGCUAAUAAAUGUGUAUUUGCAGUGGAAGGUCAUAGGUCAAAAAGCUUAAAGGAAAAUCAAGCUAAUGUGUUUUAUUACUUUUUAAAGAUUCAAAAAGUUAUUUGUGUAUGUGUGUGUAAACAUGCACGUGGGUAUCCGCAGAGGUCGGAGAGUGUGUCGGAUCCUCUGGAGCUGGAGUUACAGGCAGCUGUGUGUUGUGUUAUGUGGGCGAUGGGAACCAAAUUUAGGUACUCUACAAGAGCAGCGAGUGUUCUGAAACCCUGAACCAUCUCUCCAACCUCUGCAUUUUAUAACUUUAAAUAAAUUAUUGGAGGUGGGAGGGGUUGGAGAGCUGGAACAGUGGUUAAGAGCACUGGCUAUUCUUCUGGAGGACCAGGGUUCGAUUCCCAGCACCUGCAUGGCAGCUCACAACCAUCUGUAACUCCAGUUUCAGUGAAUCUGACACUCUUCUGGUGUCUGU